UAGAUAGACAGACAGAUAGACAAAUAUAGAAGAAAAGAGUGAAUUUUCUCUAAAUAAAAUUACAAGAUAGACAGCGAGAAAGACAGGUAGGCAGGCAGAAAAUAAGUCAAGGAUCUGUUAUGUAAGGUUGCAGCUGUAGUUUUGAGCCUCAGGUCUCUACAGGAUAAAUGACAGUCAGUUAUGCGUCUGUUUCUCACUCUACCCUACAGCAGCCGUUUCGGCAGAUCUGUUCAUGUACAGGAUUGAGAUUAACAAUGCUAUAUUUUUAGCACAACCUGGUCAUCUUACUGCAGAUGAUCAUGCAGUUCUUUUAAAGAUUUUUUUAUUCAAAAAGACAUUAAAGGGUAGAAAAGUAUUGAGAGAGCAUUAAUCCAGCUCAUUACCAAUAUAUUAAAUGUGGCAUAGGUGUCACAAUACGUCAAUCUGUUAUUUUACUGACACAGAAAAGUUAAGAGAGCCACAUGGUGUCCCUAGACUUGUUACCCAUGUUAACCACGUCUGGUGUAAAUAUAAAGUUGGCUGAUUCCUUAUGUUAAAAGCAGACACAGAAAACUUCAUUGCUUUCUCACGGGAAAUCAAUAUUUGACUUCCCUGUUUGAUAACCCCCUUCAAACAGGAAGAUGUGGCUUUGAUAAAGACUAUGUUUUAAAAAUAAAAAACAUGUUGUACAUCUCUUAAUCAUUUUCUUUCUCUAGUGAAAGGAAGUAACGCUUUGCAUAUCUGUUAUACAUGAAAGCACAUAAACAGACGUGUUUUCUGUGAUGUGAUGAUAGCACAGUUUAGUUUUCAUACUUUCAUUGUCAAAGCCAUUGACAUAGGAUGGCCAUACAUAUCGAGGGAGGGGUCCUGGAUUGGUCAGGGGCUCUGUAGAGCUUUCCUGAGAAGACCAUUGUGCUGAGGCAGCCGAAAACUGCCUAGCAGAGACGGACAAAGAGCGGUGACCAACAUCACAAUGGUACAGAAACAAGAGAGCUUAAACAAAGACCCUUGUUUCCAGAAGGCCGGGCCACCAUAAAGGGGCACGCGUCGCUAUCUGUGCCGUUUAGCUGAAGAAAAAAUAUUUGAGUUUGCACUGUAGCAAUGUAUGCGGGCAAGUAGUGGCCAGCCGCCUAAAAAAAAGCAUCAGGAACAAAAAUGCCUUUGCCACGACGUCGAUCGUCCUUUCUGGGCCAGGCAACUAAUGAGUGGCCGGGCGGUGUGGGUCGCAUGGGAGCCGCAGGGACCUCUGCACCCCGCGGGGUGUUUGUAGGCAUGGCUCCUACUGGUGGUGCCAGUAGCCUGGGCACACGUGUGUCCCGCAGAGCUCUGGGCAUCAGCAGCGUAUUUCUGCAGGGUUUUAGGAGUUCCAGCGUCCCUGUGGUGACCUCUCACAGUGAUAGAGGCCACCAGUUUGGCUUUGACAGUCUUAACACAUGCCUGCUGGAGUAUCGUGAUAAAGUUCACGCUCUAGAGGAGCUUAACCAGCAGCUUGAGGAACAGAUCAGACACUGCUUGGAUCGUAAAGCCUCCAACGAUGGGACAUGGAGAGGACUGAAGCAAGACUGGGAUGAUCUUUAUGUACAGGUGAGUGAAGCCAUCCUGGACAACGCUCGACUUAUGCUACAGACUGAGAACAUCCAAGCCAGUGCAGAGGACUUCAAGGACAGGUAUGAAAAUGAACAGCCGUUCCGUAAGGCGGUGGAGGAUGAGAUUAAUUCACUGUACAAGGUCAUCGAUGACGCAAACCUUAGCAGGGCGGACCUGGAGAAUCAAAUUGAAAGCAUGAAGAGCGAACUGAUGAAUCUGGAGCAAAUCCACACAGACGAUGUCAGAGAGCUUUAUAAGCAGAUGGGUGGCCGUGAUGAUCCAGAAGCUCCCACUGAAACCAGUCUGGACCAGAUUCUUGAUUUCAUUCGUUCCCACUGGGAAAAAGUCAUCGAGAAGAAUCGUGCCGAAACUGAUGCCUACCUUGAGUGCAAGCCGGCUGAAGGUGUGAAGACUAAACUGAGUCAAGAAGAGGCGGAGCUUGAGGCCCUAAAGACACAGUGCAAUGAUGCCGGUUGUAAGAUUCAGAGUCUACAAGCCGAGACCGAAUCUAUCAGAACUCUGAAACGUGGCCUGGAGAAUGCCCUCAAUGAUGCCAAGCACUGGCAUGACAUUGAGCUUCAGAAUCUGGGCUCGGUUAUUAGAAAGCUGGAAGCGGAGCUCGGUGAUGUCCGGGGAGACAUCGAGCAGCAGAAGCGCGACUACGAAACUUUGCUUAGCAACAAGAUGAAGCUAGAGAUGGAAAUCGGAUCGUAUCACGGUAUCUUGGACGGAGAGGAGAGCAGAUUCUGCUCUUCAGCGUGCCCUGGUGGCUCUUCAGUACCCGAGGGACGAACUUCUCCCAAACCUGACAACUGUGGAGCACAGAGCUGUCCACAGACGAAAUGUUCUGAUGCUCAAGAGGAAAGCAAAGAAUGAACUAUUUUGCUAAGUAUUGCUUAAUUCGCAUUAAUAUUAUGUUUCUUCACUUGUAAUCUGUUUGAGGUGUAAAGUGCAACAUUUAUAAAUGAGCAAUUAAACAAGUUUCAUUGCAUGAUUCGAAAAUGUACCUAUUAUGCAACUUCUUCGUAUUCUGAAUUGACUUUAUAUAAUCCGUAUGAUCUGUGAUCCCACAUUACACUCCCAUGUGUAAAAAAACUC